AUGGUAUCAUUCUCAGGACUCCAGCAAUGGGGGCUCGCCCUGGCCGUGCUCGCGGGGUGCGAGACCGCCUCCGCGGCGACGACGCAGCAGUGGAAGUCGCGCACGAUCUACCAGACGAUGACGGAUCGGUUUGCGCUGACGGCCGGCACGACGGCGGCGGCGUGCAACACGACCGCCGGACUCUACUGCGGCGGGACUUGGCGCGGGACGAUUGACAAGCUCGACUAUAUCCAGGGGAUGGGGUUCGACGCGGUGAUGAUCUCACCGAUCAUCCAGAACAUCGACGGACGGGCCUCGUACGGCGAGGCCUACCACGGCUACUGGCCAAACGACCUGUACUCGCUCAACUCGCGGUUCGGGACGCACCAAGACCUGCUGGACCUCAGCGCCGCCGUGCACGCGCGGGGCAUGUAUCUGAUGAUGGACACGGUGAUCAACAACAUGGCCUACAUGACGGCCGGCAAGGACCCGGCCACCAACAUCGAUUACGCCACCUUGACCCCCUUCAACAGCUCCUCCUACUACCACUCCUACUGCGAGAUCUCCAACUGGAACAACUACACGCAAGCCCAGCUGUGCCAGACGGGCGACGAGAUCGUCGCCCUCCCGGACCUGUACACCGAGCACGAGGCGGUGCAGGACCUGCUGGUCGACUGGGCCAAGCAGGUGAUCGCCACCUAUUCCAUCGACGGGCUGCGCAUCGACGCAGCCAAGUCCGUCAACCCCAGCUUCUUGACCACCUUCCACGACCGCGUGGGCACCUUCAUGACGGGCGAGGUGUUUGAGCAGAACGCCUCGGUCGUGUGCGACUACCAGAACCACUACCUGCCCAGUCUGCCCAACUUCCCGCUGUACUACACCAUCCUGGACGCCUUCACACGCGGGAACCCGAGCGCCCUAUUCCAGCGCAUCGCCCUCGUGCAGGACCUGUGCACGGAUGUGCCGGCCAUGCCGACCUUCAUCGAGAACCACGAUGUGGAUCGGUUCGCGUUCGCCAAUGACGAUCUGACGCUGGCCAAAAACGCCAUCACAUUCGAGAUGCUCUACGACGGCAUUCCCUGGGUGUACCAGGGACAAGAGCAGCAUCUGAACGGCUCGUACGCGGGGACGCACAACCGCGAGGCGCUCUGGGAAACCGGCUACAACACCGGCAGCGAGCUGUACGUGCUGAUCUCGAAGCUGAACCGCCUGCGGAAGCACGCCUACCAGCUGGACCCGAACUAUAUCGAUUUGCAGACGGUUCCGCUGUACCAGGGGGGCAGCGAGCUGGGGUUCUGGAAGGGAGCAUUUGGACGGCAGGUGGUGAUGCUGCUGUCGACGCAGGGCAGCACGGGGAGUGCGUACAAUGUGACACUGCCGAUGACCUACGGGGCGGGGAUUGAAGUCGUGGAGGUGCUGAGCUGUGUCAACUACACGGUCAACCCCUACAGCCAGCUGAUUGUGCCGAUGGACAAGGGGGAGCCCCGGGUGUUCUUCCGGACGGACCUGAUGCCGGGUAGUGGGCUGUGUGGGUAUAGCUCCAACUCCACCUCCUUGACUCACCUGCGACUGUCGGCGGCGGCGGCGGCAGCGGCGGCGGCGGCGCCCUCGGGGGGAGAGUCUGUGGCGAGGGUGUCUUGGGGGGUGAUGGCGAUGGUUGCAUUGGUGGGGGUGUUGUUGGUUUAG